AUGUCGGUAGGCGAUGGUAAGCGCAAUGCUAAGAAGGGGAGGACACAAGCCCUUGUUCCCGUGAUGAAACCAAACAUUCAACAACAAGUAACUGAAGAUAUUGAGGAUGGGGAGUUGGCUCAUGGCACAAACAUGCAAGCCUUGGUGCCGUUGGUAAAGGAGAUACCGUCACAGAUUGAUGUGAGAAUCGAUGUUACGUUGCUCCACUGUCAGGCAUGCCGCCUACCCUUCAAACCACCCGUCUUCGUGUGCGCAUCUGGACAUGCUGUGUGUUGCCACUGCCGCAAGAGCCAUGACGAGAUGUGUGGUGUUGCCAGCAUUCACUGUGGUGGGUUGGGUGCCUUCAUUUGCGCAUCCAAGGUGGCGUGCUCCUACAAGGACUUCGGUUGCAAUAGCUAUGUCGUCUACCAUCAGGCUCAUGCGCACAUGCGUGCAUGCCAUUUUGCACCUUGUAAGUGUCCAGAGUCUGGUUGUGGCUUCCUAAGUGCCCCACCAGGGCUCGUCGAGCACUUUGCCACUAUUCACUCUCGUCCCAUCACCUAUGUCCGCUACGGCCGGUCCUGGAACCUCAGCCUCCCAAUUUCAAAGAGUUGGCACGUCAUCGUUGGGCAGGAGGACCAGAAUGUCUUCCUGGUCACUCUGGGUGAACUCGGUACCGCUGCCACACUAGUAUCGCUGGUGUGUGUAAGGGCAAACAACACCGCCAGCACGACUACCCGGUUUUGGUGUAAGCUCUCGGUGGUAUACCCAGGUGGUGACAAGGACAAGGUGGUCCUCAUGUCAUCGACAGUGAGCAACAACACAAUGCUCGAUGGCACCCCAAGACCGGGGCAGGGGAUGUUUCUGACGGUGCCGCGGGAGUUGAUUUCUGGUGAAUUACUCGCUAUCAACGUCCGUAUUGAUCCGGUACACUCGAUUGAUGCUGCAACCAUGACCGAGACGAUGCUCCCACCACCACAUGAUAGGAAAACUAGAAGGUUUCGUUGA